AGGACCUUUGCUCAGUGUAGACAACACAGCCUUGUGGAGAACCACAAAGAGAGAUCCUACACCACGGAUUCCUUCCUUUCGUUCAGUCCAAACAACAACAAAACAAGCAGUCCAAAAGCACCUGUGAUUUCCUUCUCCAUUGCUCAGAAUGGAAUACUACAAGUUUGCCUUGCUAGUGGUUUUCCUGUCCUACAUUGAGCGCUGCUGGUCUUCCUCCUGCGUUGUGGACAGUUUUACAGUCAAGGACAACUUUGACCCCAAGAGAUAUGCAGGCAAAUGGUACGCCCAGCAGAAGAAAGACCCGGAGGGACUCUUCCUCCAGGACAACAUCUCUGCCGAAUACACCAUUGAUGAUGAUGGGACCAUGACUGCCUCUUCCAAGGGCCGCGUAACUCUUUUCGGAUUCUGGGUUGUGUGUGCUGACAUGGCUGCCCAGUACAGUAUUCCUGACCCUAACACUCCUGGCAAGAUGUUCAUGAACUAUCAGGGUUUGGCUAGCUAUCUGUCCAGCGGAGGUGACAACUACUGGGUCAUUGACACCGACUACGACAACUAUGCUAUCACCUAUGCUUGCCGCACUCUGAAUGAUGAUGGCACAUGUGAAGAUGGCUAUGCCCUGAUCUUCUCACGCAACCCCCGUGGCCUGCCUCCUGCAAUCCAGCGCAUCGUCCGCCAGAAACAGGAAGAGAUCUGCAUGGCUGGUCAGUUCCAGCCCGUCCUGCAGUCUGGGGCUUGCUAAGCUGUUAAAGGAAACGAAGAGCAUGCUGGGAAAAGAAGCGGCAACCGGGGUAAUUCCAUUUCAGUGCUGUAGAGAUGCAUGUGUGCAUCAGGGAGACAUCAGAUCAUUGAACUUCUUAUCGCAAGAGCAAUCUCGUACUGUGUUAAGUGUCUGUGACAAUAAAUAUUUUUUAAACAAAA